AACGAUACCAAAAUUAGUAACGUCUACACAUAGCAUUAAUACAUUUUCAUAAUUCCAAAAGAAUAAUAAUAAAAGAAAAAAAGGGAAAUAAUUAGUUGGUUAAACGAAGUCGUUAGUACUCAUUAUAAAUACAAAGGAACAAUCGGGAGGUUUUUUAGACCAUUUCUUCUCGUCGUCUGCCGGAGAACGCAGAUCCGGCGAAAAUUUACGGGAAAUUUGAAUAACUGGAAGUUGAAUCCAACGGUUGUGAAUCAUGAGCAGCCAUCGCAAAUGCGACGAUCGGCGAGACGUGGAGGUUAAUUAUAAGGAGAAGAGGAUCAGGGCGAGGAAGAACGAAACCAGGUCGUUGCAAAGGCGAUUGGUGAAGUUCAAGGACUUGCCAGAGUAUCUUAAAGACAACGAGUUUAUAUUGGACUAUUACCGGUGCGAAUGGCCGGUGAAAGAGGCGCUGUACAGUGUAUUUUCAUGGCACAACGAAACUCUGAACAUCUGGACCCAUUUGAUAGGGUUUCUUAUAUUUGGGGCAAUGGUUGUGUUGACGCUAAUGGAAGGGACGGAGCUCGGAGAUUUUCUCCUCGCCAAUUUCUCAAGAGGUACAGUUACGGUGCCGUUUUGGACGACAAUGGGUAUGGAAAAGGACGUCAACGGCUCUGAUAGCUUUAUUCCCGAAACAAGACACGUCUCAAAGUCAUCAGUUUUCUUAGUAGACAGAGCUGAUACAACAACGGCUUUGCCGAGAUGGCCAUGGUUCGUUUUCUUAGUUAGUGCCAUGGGUUGCUUGGUUUGUAGCAGCCUCUCCCACCUUCUCGCUUGUCAUUCCAAACGCUACAACCUUUUCUUCUGGCGCCUAGAUUACGCAGGCAUUUCUUUGAUGAUUGUCGGAUCUUUCUUUGCUCCUAUUUAUUACGUCUUUCUUUGCAAUUUUUAUUCUCAGUUGUUCUAUCUUUCUUCAAUAUCUGUGCUUGGUGUUGCUGCUAUUGUUACUCUUCUUGCACCUGCUCUCUCGGCCCCUCGUUUCCGUGCCUUCAGAGCUUCCUUAUUUCUCACCAUGGGGUUCUCGGGAAUAAUCCCCACUGCACAUGCUGUUGCUCUCUACUGGGGACAUCAGCGUAUUUAUCUCGCCUUCUCCUAUGAGUUUGUCAUGGCGGUUCUAUAUGCUGCAGGAGCUGGGUUGUAUGUUAGUCGAAUACCAGAACGAUGGAAGCCCGGUGCAUUCGACAUUGCAGGACACAGCCACCAGCUUUUUCACGUGUUUGUUGUUCUAGCAGCCCUGGUGCAUAGUGCAGCAACAAUGUAUAUUGUUGAUUUUCGACGGAGUUCACCCACUUGCAGCUCUUAGGUUGAGAGCAAGUUUGUGGAUCACACUCAUCAAUCGUCUCCGAAUAUGCUACGGCAUGGUGUAAAAUGAAACAGCUGUAGUUCAUUUAAGGAAGUUGAGGAAUUAAAUGUCCCAUAACAUUUGCUUGAAAGGAA